AUGCCACUUCCCGAAGACAAUCUCGCCGAGCUGUCCUUUCGCGACCUACAGAGGGAGUGUCGAGAUGCUGGUCUGGAUCGAUCGGGAACGGCGGCCAUGUUGCGCAAACGGUUGCAGGAAUCGCUCAAUAAGCAACAGCGUUCCAACAAACGAACCAAAAAGAGUCCUGCCGAUGAUCUGCUAUGUCCCAUUACUCUAGAGUUGCCAUGGGAUCCAGUAACGGCGGAAGAUGGUCGGGUGUAUGAACGUUCGGCCAUCCAAAGUCACAUCAACCAUAAUCGCGGCUGUGCACUCCUCCGGUCCCCCAUGACAAAUGAGAAGAUGGGAACGCGUCUCUUGCCCGCACCGCAACAUAGGAGUUUGAUUGAAACAUUGAUUGAGACUGGAGCCAUUGAAGGAGACUUGGUCAUCAAAUGGGAACAAGCCGCCAAGGAUAAAAGGGCGGCCGAGGAGCUGCUACGCAAAGCCAAUGACGGUGAUCCGCAGGCCAUGGAACAAGCUGCCAUCAACUACGAGCUGGGCGAAGCGUUCCCCUGA